AUGCUAGGAAGAAAGACUCAACAGGAGAUUGAGGGCGCCGUCCGAAGAGAAUUGGAGGGCACAGACUAUGCAGUCUCAUUGCUUGAACCUCUCACAGGAGGUACAGCAAACUUUAUAUUCCGUGCCAGGCUGCAGGAGCCUCUCCCAGACGGUUCCACAGAAGUUGUGCUGAAGCAUGGUGAGGCAUAUGUUGCCCAACAUCCGGAUUUCAGGCUUCAAAUGGUUCGAUGCUAUAUUGAACACGAGGGCCUGAGAAUCCUCUCACACCUUCCUCCCGUGGCAUCAUCCAAGUUCGAAGUUGGAACUCCAAAGCUGUAUCACUUCAACCAUGAGACCAGCACUCAAAUCCAGGAGUACCUGACUAAUGCUGUCAAUCUCAAAGAUUAUGCGCUCAGUCAUUUCCACGCUCCUACAUCCCAGCUGGUGAAGCCACAAUGCCUUGAGUUGGGGCGGGACUUGGGCCGGUGGCUACACGAAUUCCAUGCUUGGAGUGACAGGCCAGGACAACAGAAUCUGCGCGAGUUACUGGCCAAGAAUACCGACAUGCGAAACAUCAAGAAGUAUAUCAACUAUGAUCAACUAAUAGGCAGAGUGAGCAUGUUUCCAUCUCUCCUGGAAGAGUGCAAAGACGUCCUGCAGCAGAUUGUAAGCAUGGCCACAGAUGAGCUGGCGGAUGAGGGAAAGCUAAGUGCUGUUCAUGGUGAUUUUUGGACUGGAAAUGUGUUGCUUCCAAACGCUGCUUUUGACGACGCCCAGCAAGUUCCAGUCAGGGUAAUUGAUUGGGAAAUGGCACAACUUGGCGUGCGUGCCGAAGAUCUGGGACAAUUCAUUGCCGAGUUAUGGCAGCUGAAACUGUACAAGGAUAUAGACGCCGCUCUAUGGAUCAUCAGUGGCUUCGCGGAAGGCUAUGGUAAGACCGAUGCUAACUUUACCUAUCGUGUCUUGAUUCAUGUCGGAGCUCACCUGAUUUGUUUUGGGUCAAUCACGCCCGGAUGGGGAACCCAAGAGCAGAGCAUGGAUAUCGUCAAGGAGGGGAGAGAUGUUCUCAUAUAUGCCUGGCGAAAGGACGCGAAGGCGUUUGAGGGGCAUGACCUUCAAUGUCUGUUCAAGGAGGCUUCCUCGUCAUAG